AUGACAUGUAUGAUACAGUAAAGUCAUAGCAUAAUGAUAGAGCGUUUUCACUGUAGAUUGUGAAAUCUUGUGGAAUUAUUGUAUUUGUUGUGCCUGUUUCUAUGUGAUUAUUGUCAUCAUGCCGGUAAGAAGGGGACAUGUUGCGCCCCAGAACACGUUCAUUGAUACAAUUAUAAGGAAAUUCGACGGACAAAACCGAAAGUUUGUGAUAGCAAAUGCUCAGGUGGACCACAGACCAAUUAUAUUCUGUAACGAUGGAUUUUGUGAACUUGGCGGAUACUCACGUGCAGAAGUCAUGCAGAAGCCAUGUGCCUGUGACUUUUUACAUGGACCCCUCACAUCUGCAUCGUCGAUACGGCAGAUUAAAGAAGCUUUAUGUGGAAUUGAGGAAAAGCAGGUGGAAAUUUUAUAUUAUAAGAAAGAUGGAAUCAAGUUUCUCAGCAGUGUCCUUAUUGCACCAGUAAAAAAUGAAAAUGGGGAAGUUAUUAUGUUCAUUCUUAAUUUUGAAGAUGUGACUGAUGCACCUUCUAUUAAACCAGGAGAAAUCAUCUCGAAUCGGUUGCAGGUUGGUGAACGGAACUUCAGAAACAACAAGAACUACAAGGACGUCCCAACAGAGGAGAAGCAAUCAAAAAGUUACCGUCACAAGAGCUUUCGCCUGCGCCUUCCAUCAAUCAGACGUGACUUUAAGCGUCAACAGAACCGGAUACAUGACCCGGAGAACCCACCUGACAAUGAGGAAUCUGUGCCGCUUCAACGUUUGACGCCACCUGAUGAGUACAUCCCAUCUGAUACAUCACCUGUUGAUCGAGGUUACUUUGAGCAUGAACUUUCUGACCUCAGCACCUGGUCAAAUGAUGAACUUAUAAUAAAGAAACAUGGCAGUGAGGGAGAUAGUUUGCGGCGGACAUCUUCUUUGGAGGUCCUGCAUGACGGAAUGCAUAAAAGCCCAUCAAGGCGGGGAAAGAAUGUUAUUGCUGCUUCAGACCAGUAUAGACUUCCAAAUGGACGGCCCCGUGCCAACUCCUUCAACCCAACGACGGGUAACCACAUGAAGUCCAGUCUGUUGAACCAAGCAUCAAGUGACUCCGAAUUGACCAAAUACAAGACAAAUGUAUUGUCCAAUAGUUUAUCGAAUGUGGGCAAUGAUCUCAUACGUCGGAAUCAGGAGAGAGAAUUUUCUGGCUCAACGAAAGGUUUUCUGUUCCCGCAGGUGGCAUCAUCUAUGAAACAUAAUGUUUCGGAAAAAGUUGCCCAGGCUAACAUGAGUUCUCCAGAAAAGGUUCUCUCCCUUGGUGCCGAUGUCCUACCAGAGUAUAAGCUACAGACCCCUAAGGUUCACCGCUUCACGAUAUUACACUAUUCACCUUUCAAGGCAGUGUGGGAUUGGCUCAUAUUAAUCCUGGUCAUAUAUACGGCCAUAUUUACGCCAUAUGCAGCAGCGUUUCUUCUCAACGAGGAGGACCCAAAAAUGGAACAAACCCACGAUCCGGAUACAAAAAUUGAAGACCACUACAGUCGAUAUGGAGAACCGCUAACAAUUAUCGACCUUAUUGUGGAUGUAAUGUUUAUUAUCGAUAUUUUGAUAAAUUUCCGAACUACUUAUGUGAAUAAGAACGAUGAGGUUGUAAGUCAUCCUGGCAAAAUUGCAGUCCAUUAUUUCAAAGGAUGGUUUCUGAUUGAUGUUGUUGCAGCUAUUCCGUUUGAUAUGCUUCUAUUUGGAUCAGAGACAGAUGAGACUGCCACUCUUAUAGGAUUGUUGAAAACUGCUCGUCUCUUACGACUGGUAAGAGUUGCCAGAAAACUUGAUCGCUACUCGGAAUAUGGUGCUGCAGUCUUAUUGUUACUCAUGGCCACGUUCGCCCUAAUUGCUCACUGGUUGGCAUGCAUCUGGUAUGCCAUUGGGAAAGUGGAACGACCGCUGCUGAAGGAACCAAAAAUUGGCUGGCUGGACGAAUUAGCCCGACAGACUCACCAAAAUUAUAAUGUGAAUGAGACUGAAAGUGGCCCAUCAUUAAAAUCAAAAUAUAUCACUGCAUUAUAUUUCACGUUCAGUAGUUUGACGAGUGUGGGCUUUGGGAAUGUUUCACCGAACACGAAUUCAGAGAAAGUGUUCUCUAUCUGUGUCAUGCUUAUAGGAUCUCUAAUGUAUGCAAGUAUCUUUGGUAACGUGAGUGCCAUUAUCCAGAGGUUAUACUCAGGAACUGCACGUUAUCAUACACAGAUGAUGCGAGUGAAAGAAUUCAUUCGAUUUCAUCAGAUUCCUAACCCCUUACGGCAGAGAUUGGAGGAGUAUUUCCAGCACGCUUGGUCAUACACCAAUGGUAUUGACAUGAAUAUGGUCCUCAAAGGUUUCCCUGAAUGUCUUCAGGCAGAUAUAUGCCUUCAUCUUAACCGCAAUCUACUCAACAACUGCCCUGCAUUUAAGGGUGCAAGUCCAGGUUGUCUGAGAGCCUUAUCUAUCAAGUUUAAAACAACUCAUGUUCCCCCGGGGGAUACUUUGGUGCAUCGUGGCGAUGUCUUAACUGCUCUCUACUUUGUGUCGAGAGGUUCCAUUGAAAUUCUCAAAGAUGAUGUAGUCAUGGCUAUAUUAGGGAAAGAUGAUGUCUUCGGGGAGAAUAUAUGUAAACACGAGACAGUUGGCAAAUCAAGCUGUAAUGUUCGAGCCUUAACUUAUUGUGACUUACAUAAAAUCAUUCGUGAUGAUCUGUUGGAUGUUUUAGAAAUGUAUCCAGAAUUUGCAGAAGAAUUUGCCAAAAAUCUUGAGGUUACCUUUGACUUACGAGAUGAAGACUUAGUUCUGCGUCCCCCGGCACCCCCAAAGGAGGAGACACCAGCUCACCAGGAGGAGGCUGAAGGUCCUCGUUAUACAUUCCUCAGAAAUCGCAAAUCAAAGUCUUCCAUAUAUAGGAAACCACCGUCUCAAAAAUCUCAGGAUGACCAGAAAAGCUUCAAGUCUGCUGCAGGGGGUGAGAGGAAUGAGCUCCACCGAGAUGAUCCAAUGAUGUCACUUUCUAGUGAUGAUGACUAUCGUGAAAGUGGAGUGGGAAUAUUGGAAUUUUCGCCUGAAAAAGCAGGAUUAGAUGUGACCCCAGCAAACUUCCAUUUCUCAAAUAAAAAUUUUGAAAAAAAAAGACAUUCCGGCACAUUUACGCAGUUAACAGGAGCCUUGUCAAGUGUGAAUGCUGUGGUGAGUGCUGUGACUGGGCAGAGACGCAAGAGUCAGCAGGAGACUGCACCCCUACUCGAGCAGGAACAGAGCCCAACCCAACAGAGGAAAGCCACUGGUAUAUACAUAAGUACAAGUAGUUCAAGUGUUCCCAAAUCCACCUCAAGCAUGACAUUACCUGUGUCAAGCCCUUCCAGUCACUCCCAAUUUGAUGAAAGCACUGCCAUGCAGGUGGCAACACCAGUGGUUGUUGUUGAUGAUCAGGUGACGCGACCAUCUUCGGCCAGUCCACAAGAUGUAGAAAAACGUUUAGAUGAUCUCACCAGGCAACUGAGUCGACUUGAAGAGAAGAUGAGUUCUGAUGUAGCUGUUAUUCUUGAACUCCUGCGCAGCCGACAUGGGACUUGCCAAGAUGAACAGGCACCAGAAGAUCCUUCAUCAGCCCCUAAGAUGCCUAAAUCAGAUUCAUCUGCUUGGCAUGUGUCCACCUCAGUUGGAAGGUCAGAAAGUUCUGGUCAAGGUGGGCCGGACAUCAAUACCGACAGACUGAUCGACUUUGAGUCAAGUUUGGAUGGUUUACCCCCAAUGCCUGAGCCAUCAGAGAUGCGGUCUACAACAAGUUCACCAUCACCACCACUGCCCCCACCCCCGCCAUAUGCUGAUUACCAACAAGAGGAAGAGUAUGAAGCACCAAGUUCACCAGUAGCACGAUCACCACUGGAGCCACCAUUACAGUUUGAAUCUCCUUGGGAAUUGCGUAGUCCUGAAACUCCGCCAGCCUUUAGUCAACCUCAGCCACAGAGUCGGCGGCUAUCACCAGAGCGCCAGCACCAUAGUCGACAGUCACUACAUGAUCAGCAUCAAAGUAGGCGUCUGUCACCAGAUCGUCAACGACAGUUGGGACUUCCAGAAGGACAAGACUGGAGAAAUACAGAAGUGUAGAAUAAACACAAGCUCUCUUCUUCCAGGGCUUAAGUUCAGUUUGGUUUUGAAGAGAUCAGCAAAACACUUCAUGAGGAGAAGAUGAGCGCCACCUACAUCCAACUGGUUUUAGGAAUUGAUGCCUCACUGUCGCUAAUGGUAAUCAAUACCAACAGUGAGGUAUCAAAUUCUAUUCUAAAAUAUUUCAAAUCAAAUAUCGAAUAAUGUGGUUUUAACUCUUUGAUGCUGCAGAGCAAGUGUACUCGGUUGCAUAUUCAGCCCCCUGUGAUGCACACUGGGUUCCCUCGGUUGAAGCAUUCCCUUACAACACUGGCAAUCUCCGUCCGACGAUCUUUUUGAAAACGAUCAGGGUGCCAACUGAUAUGAUCUGGUGACACUACUUAUUCCUUUUGCGCAUGAAAGAUGGUAAAGCAAUUGUGUUCAGCGGAAGAUAAACCAAAAUGGCGGGAUAAUUCAAGCAACCAAUUUUCAGUGGCUGAAGUGCUUCUACAUUGAAUUAAACAAUCAUUGACUAAAAACAAAGCCAUGAAUGUGUUCAAAUCAUUGCUCAGGCUUUGUCUCAUGAUUGCCAACCCUCAAAAUGAGAUAAUCUUCUGAAAUUCAAUUACUUUGUUGUACAAUCUCGGUCAGAAGUUAUUAACCACCUGAUAUUUGUAAAUUACUCCGUUAUUCCCCAAUAUUUUUUCACCAAUUUCUGAUGCAUGGUAGUUAGGUCAUUUGUCCAUCAUUUGGCAAAAUGAUUUUUCUGAUCAAUGGGCGGACUUCGGUUUUGUCGUUGUUCAAAGAUUACCGGUCCAAUUGAGAUUUUCUUAAACUCUGCAAUUCCUGAAAAUUUUCACCUGUAACAUCUUCUUGUUACUGCAUAGAUGGAUAUUACCAUCAAACAUUUUCAAAAUAUUUGAU